ACCAACAGAUUUUAGUAGAAAAAAAGGAAGGAAUUCGCGAAAUAAAUGGUAGAGUAAUAGAAGUUUACGAAAUAACACGAUGAUGGGGUAUUAAAAGAGUUUCUGUUACCAGGGUUAGCUUAAAUGUUCGCUUGAAUGAUAAGAGAAGUGGCAGCAUUUUGUUGGGAUAUUCGGUACGAAACAGGUUCGAGUUUUGGAAAUUACGAGUUUCCUGACUUCUAAUUUCAUGUCGUUUUAUUCGUUCUUAACUUGAUGCAUCUAAUCAGUACAUCCACUUUUCAUUGUUAUGGAAAGAACUGAGUCAAUGGAUUACAAAAAGGGCUCUCGCAGUUCUUGAUGAUAACGUUAUUCUGCUAAGGACUGAAAUGCCACUGAAUUUAUUUGGGAUAGGUGCUGGGGGUGUGAAGUCACAACAGCCCGAUAACUUUUCCCGAGGAAAUACUGGCACUUCUGACGGGAAAGAUUGGCGUGGAUCAGUUGUAAAACUACCUAAUCACACUGUAACGUUGGACAAAAGACUUGCUGAAGGUGGAUUUGCGAUUGUGUAUUUGGCAAGCGAUAAGCAGGGGCGUCAUUAUGCGCUUAAAAGGCAGUUUAUUAGUGAUGAUGUUCAACAGUUGGAGGCAUGUCGAAGAGAAUGUCGCAUCGUUAGUUGCUUAGCGGGACACAAAAAUAUUGUGUCGUAUAUAGAUCAUAUGAUACUGAAGAAUAAUUGUGGUGUAUAUGAAUGUUCACUUCUUACUACUUAUUAUAAAAGUGGUGUAUUGCAACUGAUGAAUGAACGACAUUUAGCUGGACGUUGUCUAUCGGCAAAUGAGAUUUUGAAAAUUUUUUGCGACGUAUGUGAAGCAGUUGCGCGAUUGCAUCAUUCUCAAACUCCAGUGAUUCACCGUGAUUUAAAGGCUGAAAAUGUUCUGAUCGAUGAACAGCGUCCUGGUGCACCAGUGUAUGUUCUGUGCGACUUCGGAAGCGCUACGACAAAGGUUUUGUCAUCGGACACACAAUCACUGCAGUUUAUUGAAGAAGAGAUUCAUCGCUAUACGACACUCGCCUAUCGAGCUCCUGAAAUGAUAGAUAUUUACUCCGGAAAACCCAUUGGCACAAAGAUUGAUAUAUGGGCGCUUGGUGUUAUGCUCUACAGGCUGUGCUAUUUUAGUCUUCCGUUUGGUGAAAGUUCGCUUGCAAUUCAAAAUUGUUCUUAUAAUUUCCCAACUGAACCCAAUUAUCCGGAGGAGUUACGUGCCAUCAUAAAAGUACUUCUUGAUCCGGACCUUGUUCGCCGUCCAGAUAUUUAUCAAGUUUCAACUCUUGCUUUUGAGGCUACUGGACAGCGCUGCCCCAUUGGUAACUUAAAUAAAGUCCCAGCAUUGCGUCUAAUUGAUGCUUUGCAAAAUUUGCGCCAGCAGGAAGUCAGUACAACAGCACUUUCGAGUACGUCAGCACGCAUAUCGACGUUUGCUAAUUUUGAUAACCGUGUUGCACCGAAGGAAACAGCCACUUCUAUCAAUCCGAGAUUGAGACCAAAACCAUAUAGCAAUACAGUUCGCUUGAAUUUGGCCGAUUCCAGUUCACGUUUGCUAGAUGUACCAAUCAGUAAACAACAAAACAGUUCAUCUUAUCCAGAAAUCGGUGUUGCACAUGCAGGAUGUUCGCAGAAAUCAUCUUGUGGUAUUGCAGGAGAAUAUGGCAUUGAAACUCUGAAAUCAAGUGCAUUCAGACCAUAUAGUGCUUCGAGCGACAGCAGUAACAAAGUUGCGGCUGUAGGAUUUACAAUUGAACCUUUCGAGACAGUUGCUGUAACUGUUUCUUCUGUGAAUUUACCAGUGGAGAAUGAUGACAAGUCGUGGAAUCCUUUCUUAAUUGCGCCGUUCAGCUCAGAAGGACGUAGUUCAGCUGUUUUACAGAAUACUACAAUGGAUGACCGUAGUUUUGGACAUUGUUUUGACAAACUACCGAGGCAUUUAAAACACUUGGCAUCAAGCAAGACGGUAGAUGAUGCAAAUUUAGAAAUUGAUGAAAAUGAUCCAUUUGCUGCAGCACCAAUUCAUCACAAUCAAAUGAGCUCACGCCGCAACUGUUGAACGAAAAUUAUCUUCAAGUACAUAUGUAGGCGACUUUCAAUUCUGAAAAUCCAUUAUUAAUGGAUUGACAGUUUCAGGGUUGUUGAACAGGUUUCCAGAAUGAAAGAUACAAGUGCAGCACAGGAAAAAAGUCAGUCGAAUGGUAGUGGAGUCUCUAUUGUUAGACUCUGUUGUUAGUCAUGAAAUUCUCUCAUCACCUUCAACUAACAGUAAUAAACUUUGAAUAUUCCGUUCUUUAUUGCUUGUUUUGAAAAUAACACUUCGAAUAAAUAAUGUACUCUUAUUCAAAAUUUGUUAGCACCUGACAUAUUUACAAUGAAAACUUCAAGCUUGCGUUUCCAUUUGAUAAGACUGGAAGUAGUAGCGUUUCAAUCGUGAAGAAUAACUUAAAUAUAUUAAGCGCUUUUCAUCUUUUC